UAUUAAGCCAGGGCAGAAUGCUUGUAAAGUAGCAAGUAAAGUGGCAGUGUUAAUUCUGAAAUUCUCAGGCAGUCAGGCUGUCUUAGGCAGAUCUUGAUAAACUAGCCUGCUCCAGGUUUUUAUCUCAGGAAUCCCAACAGGACAGGAGAAUGGAGAGGCAGCAAAGGUUUCUGUCAGAGAAGGAUGAGUCUCAGUUUCAACAUCAGGGAGCGGUCGAGCUGCUUGUCUUUAAUUUUUUACUCAUCCUUACCAUUUUGACAAUCUGGUUAUUUAAAAAUCAUCGAUUCCGCUUCUUGCAUGAAACUGGAGGAGCGAUGGUGUACGGCCUAAUAAUGGGAUUAAUUUUGCGAUAUGCUACGGCACCAACUGAUAUUGAAAGUGGAACUGUCUACAACUGUGGAAAACUGUCCUUCAGUCCUUCCACUCUGCUGAUCAAUAUCACUGACCAAGUUUAUGAAUAUAAGUACAAGAGAGAAAUAAGCCAGCACAAUAUCAGUCCUCAUCAGGGAAAUGCUAUACUUGAAAAGAUGACGUUUGACCCAGAAAUCUUCUUCAAUGUUUUACUGCCACCAAUUAUAUUUCAUGCAGGAUAUAGUCUAAAGAAGAGACAUUUUUUUCAAAACUUGGGAUCUAUUUUAACAUAUGCCUUCUUGGGAACGGCCAUCUCCUGUAUCGUCAUAGGGUUAAUUGUGUAUGGUUUUGUCAAGGCGAUGAUAUAUGCCGGCCAGUUGAAAAAUGGAGACUUUCAUUUCACCGACUGUUUAUUUUUUGGCUCAAUGUUAUCUGCUACAGAUCCAGUGACUGUGCUGGCCAUUUUCCAUGAACUGCAUGUCGACCCAGACCUGUACACCCUCUUGUUUGGAGAGAGUGUGUUGAAUGACGCAGUGGCCAUAGUCCUUACAUAUUCUAUAUCCAUUUACAGUCCCAAGGAGAAUCCAAAUGCAUUUGACACCGCUGCGUUCUUCCAGUCUGUGGGGAAUUUCCUGGGGAUCUUCGCUGGCUCAUUUGCAAUGGGGUCUGCAUAUGCUAUUGUCACAGCACUGUUGACCAAAUUUACCAAACUGUGUGAGUUCCCAAUGCUGGAAACGGGCCUGUUUUUCCUCCUGUCCUGGAGUGCCUUCCUGUCCGCCGAGGCUGCCGGCCUAACAGGGAUAGUUGCUGUUCUCUUCUGUGGAGUCACACAGGCACACUAUACCUACAACAACCUGUCGUCAGAUUCCAAAAUGAGGACUAAACAGUUGUUUGAAUUCAUGAACUUUUUGGCCGAGAACGUCAUCUUCUGUUACAUGGGCCUGGCGCUGUUCACCUUCCAGAACCACAUCUUUAAUGCUCUUUUUAUACUUGGAGCCUUUCUAGCAAUUUUUGUUGCUAGAGCCUGCAACAUAUAUCCCCUCUCCUUCCUCCUCAAUCUGGGCCGAAAGCAGAGGAUCCCCUGGAACUUUCAGCACAUGAUGAUGUUUUCAGGUUUGCGAGGAGCGAUCGCGUUUGCCUUAGCUAUUAGGAACACGGAAUCUCAGCCCAAACAGAUGAUGUUCACCACCACGCUGCUCCUGGUGUUCUUCACUGUCUGGGUGUUUGGAGGAGGAACGACGCCCAUGCUGACCUGGCUUCAGAUCAGAGUUGGUGUGGAUCUGGACGAAAAUCUGAAGGAGGAGCCCUCCUCAUUUCAGGGAGCAAAUAACUUGGAUAAAAAUGUGACAAAGACGGAGAGCGCUCGGCUCUUCAGGAUGUGGUAUGGCUUCGACCACAAAUACCUGAAACCAGUUUUAACCCACUCUGGCCCUCCACUGACCACAACCUUACCUGAAUGGUGCGGUCCGAUUUCCAGGCUGCUCACCAGUCCCCAGGCCUAUGGGGAAGAGCUCAAGGAGGAAGAUGCAGAAUGCAUUGUGAACCAGGACGAACUGGCCAUGAAUUACCAAGAGCAAAGCCCCUCGUCCUGCCAUCCUCCUGCAAGGCCAGGCCUGGACCAGAAAGCUUCGCCCCAGACACCAAGCAAGGAAAACAUUUAUGAGGGAGACCUCGGCCUGGGAGGCUAUGAACUCAAGCUUGAGCAGACUCCAGGCCAAACCCAAAUGAAUUAAUGGCAUGAGGAGCACAGAUAUAAUCACUAGUAAGGCUGGGCUGACUGAAAAGAAGCCAGACAGAGAAGGCAGAAGCUGCAAAACACAUGAAGAGCAUAAAUUGGAGAGAGCCAAAACCUUGCCAGGCGUAUCUUCUGGCACCUCCAAAACUGAGAAGUCUUAUCAGCCCUCCGUAUGAUGCAUCUGAACUUAGUUCUGUGACACAGCCGUGUUUA